AGUUGCUCGACGACGCCGACGCUGUUCACAGGAGAGCAGUCACGCAGCGCACGACCACAACACGGCCAUCCUUCCGAAGACGACAAAAUAGCAGCUAAUGGUCACGAAACCGUCUUUCUAAGGAUAGGAAACCUGCUCAUCCCUCUAAGGUUGACACUGAGCAUAUAAGGUGUCAGGAAUGGCGCCACUGAGGCUUCUGGUGUCGGUACUCGCCGCUGUCACUCUCGCCGCAUCAGUUCCCAUCAACAAGGAUGAGAACACGUUUGGGUACGGUGUACAGAAUACAACAUACGACAAUGAACAAAGCGUGUGCGUGGUGGACGACGUGCUGUACCGCGCGGGCGACUCGCUGGCGUCGGCGAACGCGUGUGAGCGGUGUGUGUGCAUGCCGCCAGACUUCGUGUGCUCGCCCAUGGCCUGUCCCAUGAGCCCUGGCUGUCGUGCAGUACAGCGGUCUGGACAGUGCUGCCCCGACUACCACUGCGAAUGUGAGCUCAAUGGACAGAUAUAUCAGAAUGGUGAAAAGGUGCAAGCUGCUGAGCGUCCGUGCCAUGUUUGCUACUGCAGGGGUGGUUAUGUAGUCUGUGCUGCACUUGAAUGCUAUCGCAGACUUGACUGUGCUCCAAGAUAUGAACCAGGUGCCUGCUGCCCCAAGUAUGACCACUGCCCUCCUCUGGAGACCAUAAAUAGGAAACGUCCACAGUUUCCUGUUCCAACUAUGGCAGGAGACACUGAUAAUCACAUACAUCGUACAUUGCUACUGGAUGAAGACCAGCAACUGGAUUCAACCAAUACAGAUGAAAGAGUUUUGAGAUUAGGAGAAGUUUCAGGUGCUACAGCAAAAUCAAAUACACAUGAAAUUGAUCUCCCACAGAGUGAUGAAGCAGUAAAAUCUGAGGAGCAAGAAGGGCCAAUGAUCACUGAAGAUACAGACAAAAUUAAACCUAUAAUUCAGAAAGAGGUGAUUUCAUAUGAAGUAACAGAAGCAGCAACUGAAUCAAAUUCGUUUGAAAUGCUACAGACACCUAAUUAUUCCAAAGAAGCAGUGAAAGACAUUAUAACAGAUGAGAAACCAAGUACUACUAGUAGGACAGUUGCAGAAAUACCAGGCUCAACAACUGUAACCAUUCAACCAAACCUGGAGACUAUAACUGAUAGUGCCAAUGAAGAUGUAACAGACAAAACUACCUUGAAACUUCUAGAAAGUGAAGCUGCUGCAAACUCAGAAAAAGUCACUCAACAAUUCAGAACUGAGAUGUCUGAAAAUAAUGGUGGUCAUACAACUGAAUUUCAAAAUGAUUUAGAUGUUUUGGGUGCUACUGAAAGGAAUACACUUGCUGAAACAAAUUCAUUUGUAAAGAAAUCUAACCAACAAACAAAAAAUGAAGGACAUCUACCCACGGUUACUUCCUUUCAUGCAGAUGAAAACCUGACAGAAGAUCCCAGUGAUGGUCAGGAUAUUUCUACUGCUAGUACAGUGGAGUAUUUGACAGAAGGGGACACAGUAAAUCUUGAAUUUCAAGAACACAGUGCUAUCACUUCUACAGUUCAACCUGACAGUGAUAAUGUUUCAGUAAGUUUUGAUAAUGAACCAAGAGCAAAUGAAGAGUUCCCUGAGGCUUUAAAUAAUGUACAAAAUGACUUUGUUACAAAAGAAAUAGACCAAACCAGUGAACAUUCUUACACCACUCAAGGUAUUGGCAGUGACAGUUAUACGACAGAGAGCUUAGUUCAUCACAUUACUAAGUCUCAUGAGCUUGAGACUGAAGCAAGAGAAAAUCAGUCAGUAAACAAAGACCAGUUUGACAUUAAUAUUGUUACACAAAAAGCAAAUGAAGAAAAUGACAGUACCAGUGAUAACGAAGAAAAAUUUUCCGUAACUGAAAAUGAAAAAGCUGAAACACAGAGAACUUCGCCCAUUAUUACAAAUAUACGUGUCACAGAUGAUGACGAGUUUGAUGGUGGAAUAAUAACCGAUGAUGAUGAAGAAUCAACUGAUGAUAACAGACCACCAAUUACUACCGACAGAAUAAUUUACAAGUAUGAUAAACAUGACAGCAGAAAGCCAACUACAAUUGAAGCUUUUGGAGUAACAGAUAGUGGCUCAGCAUUUGACGAAAAAGUCUCAACGACAGAUUAUGAUAAGGAGUCUAGUCAAACUACAACAGAAAUUCCAUAUGAAACUUCAACAGGAAUAAUAAUCAACCAAAAAGAUGAUGUAGCUUUUAAGUCAAACAAUCAGCACCCUACUCCAACAACAGAAUUUGAGGAAUUAUCUUUGAGUGUUGAUCUAACUACGUUAGAAGGAGUUACAGAAGAAACUAACCUACUAUCUCAAAUUAACAAUGAAACUGUUAAUGCUUCCUCAAUGACAAAUGCAACAAGGCAUGAUGAGGUGCUCCUGAAAAUACUUGAUGGAAAUGCAAAUAAUUCUGUAAUAAAUGGAACCAGUUCUGAAAGCAGCAAACUUAUCUCGCAAGAAAGUUACAAAAUGUCAGAUGAUAUUGAGAGUCUCCCACAAAAUGGAAGCUCAGUUGCAGAUUAUGACAAAUCUAGUGAAACUGCAGAAAAUCUUGAAGUCAAGCCUCAAAAGCCCACUGAUGUCCAAAGCAGAACACAUAUCUCUGACUCAGAUGCAUCAGAUACAUUCAUAAGAGAAGAACCACCAGUGUUACUGUUUAAAGAUGAAAUGGCACUUCAUCAGAUGGAUGUAGUAGUUGCAGAAGAUGAAGAAGAAGCAAGUAGCGCAAAAGAAGAGCAAACUGAAAAGGUAAUGGAUGUGAUUCCACCUUUAAAAAUGGACAAUGUUACAAAUGAUACACUGCCUUCUGUAGCAACUAUUACUGCUCAAACAAAUGAUGCAGAAACAAAGAAACUCUUGGAAAAGGGUUACAUGACUGGAUUUCUAAAUGAUCAGAGUGGAAUAUCUCAGAAAAAACAUAACAUGAGUGCUGAAGGGGGAGGUGAUGUUCUUACAACUGAAUCAGUUAUCCAUGAGGAAAGUUCUUUUACAGAAAAUAUUGAUUUAACAACAACAGAAGACAAUACCAGUCCAGAAAUUUCAAUGGAAAGUAAGAGUAUACCCCAGGAAAGAAUUUCUGCAGUAAAAGUGGCUGCAGACAGUUUUAUAGAUGCAGAACAUGUAGAAACCACCACAGAAAUUACGACUGAGGAAGCAGAAACUUUUCCCACUUCUGAACAACCAGUUACGACAGAGAAAGUUACAGAGCAACCAAAAACUGAUGUACCUGCUACAAUGAUAAGUAAUUAUAAUGGGACAUCAAUAAAUCAGCAGUCCGCAAGUCAUGAUUCACACAUAAAAGCAAUAACAGGAAACAGCAGCUCAACUGAUGAAGCACCAAAAAUACUGCCAGAAGUUGUAUCAUUCAGACACAAUGUGUCAUUAAGUGGAACUGAGCUGCAGCAAAACGUGUCUGAAUCACGCCAGGAAAAAACAACUCCUGAAACAGUUACACUUCCAGAAAGCUGGUUAAAAAAAGCAGAAAAAAUAACUGAGGAAGAAAAUACAUCCAUCUUAAGUACGACAGAUGUUACAGAUGCAACAGAAGAGUUCACUGAUAACACUACACCACAUGAUUUUUCUAAUUCAGCUGCUGAAUACUCUGUUCAUACUGAAAAUUCACAGAAAUUGAUAAAUCACAACACAGAAAGGAGUGACAAUGGGGAAGACAGUGAGCAUAUGCCAGGCAGUGAGGAUGAAGGUCCAGGACAGACAAUAAAAAAGAGAAAUUUCCGCAGUGAAGACAGUGAAAAUCUUGAUAAACAUGACCUCCUUGUUCUGCAAGAAUUCUUUAGGAAGCUGUAUCACCAUUAGAAUGUGAUGGCCUUUUCACUACAGAACAUCAUUUAGUUUGCCUGCAUAUUCAUACAUUUUCAUCUUUCACAACUUAUUUAAAUGAACAGUUCUCAUUAAGAUUCAUCUUGUACAUGCAUCUUCAUGUAUAGCUUCAACAGUAUUAUAUUGCUCAUUGUUAGUUUGAUUUGUCUAUGUUAAUUGUACAUCAGUUGCUCAGGCAUUUAAUUUAGUAUAUCUUUUUGCAAUAGUUAUUUGUAGUAUUAUAGGAAGUAUGACUUGGUAAAAUAUUAGUACUUAUUCCAAAAGUACCAUCAUGACUACAGUUAUAAAAGAAAUAUGUGUAAGCAUGAAGCAAAAGUAAUAUUUAUUGUGGGUUAAUGAGAUAUCAUUAAGGGGAAACUCCAUCACCAAAAUGCUUCUGGAAACAAUUGUAAGACAGAACACUUUUUGCAUGGCUCAAUUAGGUUUCACAGCCUUGUCACUGGAUAUUGUUAGAAGUAACAAAUAUGGGAAGCAGAAUUAGCAUGAAGUUCACCUAUAAGGUGUCAUAUUGCUAGUCUUAAAUUUUACAAACAAAGCUGAUAGAAGUGCAGUGAACUUAAAUGUAGAUCUAUGCUGUUUACUGAUAUUCAUGUAAACAUAAAUAAAUGUGUUUCAAAGCCAUCACAUGUGUAAGUAACAUGAGUUGUUGUUUACACAAGUGUUUUAUAGUUUUGAAAAUACUUUUCUACAAUUGUUUUGGCUCUUCCCUUGUACAAAUUUAUUUAUUUUAUUACCUCCAUGCAUUCUCUUGACUGCAGUCUAUGGAAUGAUUUAAAAUGUGGUGUUCUUCUCACCAGCAGAGAUAUUUAUUCUACAGUUGACAUGUUCAUAGUUUAUGUUAUGUUGGAAUGAGACAUUCUGUGUGCAUUUUGUUCUGGAGAUUUUGAUAUUGCCCAAACAAUAUGUCGCAGGUCUGCAGAUUAUCCGUCCGGGUAAUGUGAGUUAAGGUAACCGCUUGGAAUUCCAAAUAAAGUGUAUGUAAAGAAAUUUGUCAGUUUAUGAUAUUACAAUGACAAAUCAUUCUGAGAAGAAAAUUACCAAAAUCUGGCUGAAAGAUGAACCAUUCAAUAGGUGACUGACAUUGACAAAAUAAAACAUUAUUAUCAAUGAAAUAAUUUUAUCUUUUAAUUAAGAUUUUAAAAAUCUUUUGUCAAUGCCAUUCCACUACAUAAUUGUUAGUUUCCCACUCAACAGGUGGAAAUUUACCACAUCUUACAAAAUUUUGCUGUAAAAAUGGAGAUAUAAAAUAAAUUGCUCACAGUAUGUGAAGUGUAGGUGCUAUUAACAAGCCAAUGAAUACAGACAUACUUUUAAGAAAUGCAAACUGAAACUGUAAGGUGAACUGCAUUUUCAAGCUGUGAUAGUUGCUUUAUGAAUUAUUAUAGUGCUAUCAACAGUUGAAAGUUACAUUGAAAUCUGGUGCAGAUUCAGAUCUUUGUGUGUCAUAGAGACCUGCAACUUCGCAUAUUGAUAUUUUAUUAUGUAAUACAUUAAAUUUUAAAUACAGGGAAAAUGUGUCAAACACUGAGACUUCUCAAAAGACUGAAAUUUAACCUUAGAACUCCUAAUAAAUGUAUGGAAAUAAUCAUUUUUCUAUACAGAUGUCUGUUGAUGUGACAUAAAGCUUAAUAUUCUGUGCUGUAUGGAAAUAAAUAUCAUGUAAAAAAUAUUUAAAUAAAGUGUUUUUUAUGUA